AUGGCUAUGCGACUUCCCCUCCGAGCCCGAUUGGCCAGCUCCUGCGCCGUCGCUCGUCCUCGCAUCGUUCGACGAGGCCUGGUUUCGCUGCCAAAUGCCGACGUCGCAUCCGACUCCAAGAGCGCUGCUAUGGUGAACGAGCAUGCGCCUUAUAUGGUUGCCACAUAUGCCCGUCCCCCACCUGUUUUUAUCAAGGGAAAGGGUUCGUGGCUUUGGGAUGCGGAGGAUCGCAAGUUUCUUGAUUUCACUGCCGGCAUCGCUGUCAAUGGUCUCGGUCACUGCGAUCCCGAGUUUACUCGUAUCAUGACUGAGCAGGCUCAAACCCUCGUUCACGCUUCCAACCUUUACUACAACCCAUGGACCGGCGCUCUAUCGAAGCUCCUUGUCGAAAAGACUCUCGAGUCUGGCGCUAUGCACAACGCCGCCUCAGUGUUCGUCUGCAACUCCGGAUCCGAAGCCAACGAAGCCGCCAUCAAGUUCGCUCGCAAGGCUGGCAAGAUUGUCGACCCCUCGGGCGAAAAGGUCGAGAUCGUCUCCUUCAACAAUGGCUUCCACGGCCGAACCAUGGGCAGCUUGUCCGCGACCCCGAACCCCAAGUACCAGAAGCCCUUCUCACCCAUGGUCCCCGGCUUCAAGACUGGCGACUACAACGAUAUCUCUGGCAUUGAUGCGCUAGUCACUGAGAAGACAUGCGGUGUUAUCGUGGAGCCUAUCCAGGGUGAGGGUGGUGUUACGCCUGCGAAGGAGGAGUUCCUCGUUGCGCUCGCCAAGCGAUGUCGCGAGGUUGGCGCUGUUCUCAUCUACGACGAGAUCCAGUGCGGUCUCGGUCGUACAGGCACAUUCUGGGCUCACGGCAACUUGCCCAAGGAGGCUCACCCUGAUAUCCUCACAACAGCCAAGGCUCUCGGCAACGGAUUCCCCAUUGGCGCUGUUCUAGUGACACAGGAUGUUGCUGAUAAGAUGAAGGUUGGCGACCACGGCACUACCUUUGGUGGAAACCCUCUUGCCUGCCGACUGGCGCACUACAUCGUUGGCCGUCUCGCCGACAAGCAGCUCCAAGCUGAUGUCAAGGCCAAGUCCGAGAUCUUCAAGAAGCGCUUCGCUAAGCUACAGAGCCAAUACCCUGGUCUUGUCAAGGAGGUCCGUGGUCGAGGUUUGAUUCUCGGUCUGCAAUUGUCGCAGGACCCUUCACCUAUCAUCAAGGCUGCUCGUGAGCGUGGUCUUCUCAUCAUUACCGCCGGUACCAACACAUUGCGAUUUGUGCCUAGCUUGACUGUGACGGAUGAGGAGAUUAACCAGGGACUGGAUAUUGUAGAGGCUGCUAUUGCUGCUACUCAAUAA